AUUACAUUCUCACUGUGACAAUCGACAAAUCAUCAUAAUCUCAUAUUAGUUUGAUCUCGAUUGAACCAAUUGUCAGAUUAGGUUCUUUUGGAGUGAAUUGGGAGUUCUUGUUUUCUUCGUAGAGUUAAAUUGGAAUGGGUAAUCUGGUAAAUCCUUGCAGAGAGAGAUCCGUCGGUACUCUGAAGAACGGAAGAAUGGGCUUUAUAAAAACGGUUUCCCUGCGUUUUCCUCCAUUUCUCUUCUGUGUCGAGGAACCUCCCUCUCCCCAUUGGUUCUUCUGAAAUCUUGAAACAGGGAGCUUCUCCUUUUCUUCUUGUUCAGUCACCUUCCUCUCUGCUUUCACAACUGUGUAUCUUUCAUCCAGGUAACUCUCUAAUCUUCUUGAUCUCCAUUGUUCCCAUCCCUUCCCCUGCUUCUAAUUGCGCGCAUUGAACCAUUCAUUUCUGCCGGCUACAUUGGAUCUCUCGCUUAGAGCUCCGACCACCGCUUUCUUUUCUUAACCCCCUGUUUUGAUUUUUCCAGUCGUUUCACGAUCUGGGUCUCCCAGAUCUGACGCGCAUCGCAUUGAAAUCGGGAAUAAAGAUGGAUUCUUUCGCUCGUUUGAAGAUCUGGGGUUUCGCCCUUUUGCUGAUUCUCCAAUUGGGAGAUGGGUUCUAUCUCCCCGGAAGUUACCCUCACAAGUACGGCGUCGGCGACUCUCUGUCGGUCAAAGUGAACUCCAUCACUUCAAUUGAAACAGAGAUGCCGUUCAGCUACUACAGCUUGCCCUUCUGCAGACCUACGGAGGGCGUCAAGGAUAGCGCUGAGAAUCUGGGGGAGAUUCUGAUGGGAGAUAGAAUCGAGAACUCACCAUACAAGUUCAAGAUGUUCACCAACGAGACCGAGAUCUUCCUCUGUCAGACGAAGCCCUUGUCGGCCGACGACUUCAAGCUUAUGAAGGAGAGGAUCGACGAGAUGUACCAGGUGAAUUUGAUCCUUGAUAAUUUGCCUGCAAUUAGGUAUACUAAGAAGGAAUCGUUUAUGGUGAGGUGGACUGGUUACCCUGUUGGGAUCAAAGUUCAGGAUGCUUAUUACCUCUUCAACCAUUUGAAGUUCACUGUUCUUGUUCACAAGUAUGAGGAAGCCAACAUGGCUCGUGUGAUGGGAACUGGAGAUGCAGCUGAGAUGAUUCCCACUGGUGGAACUCCGGGAUCAGAGACCCCGGGUUACAUGGUUGUAGGGUUUGAGGUUGUUCCAUGUAACUUUGUCCACAAUGCCAAGUCUUUGAAGGAUGUGCAGAUGUAUGGUAAAUACAAGUCUCCGAUCAAGUGCGAUCCUACAACCGUAGCCCUCCCGAUCAAGGAGAAUGAGCCGAUUGUUUUCACCUAUGAGGUUACAUUCCAGGAGAGUGAUAUCAAAUGGCCUUCAAGAUGGGAUGCUUAUCUCAAAAUGGAAGGUUCGAAGGUCCAUUGGUUCUCAAUCAUGAAUUCUAUGAUGGUGAUCACAUUCCUUGCCGGUAUUGUCCUUGUAAUCUUCUUGAGAACAGUGAGGCGUGAUCUCACCCGUUAUGAGGAGCUCGACAAGGAAGCUCAAGCUCAGAUGAACGAGGAGCUGUCCGGGUGGAAACUCGUGGUGGGUGAUGUUUUCCGUGCCCCAACAAACUCGGCACUUCUAUGUGUUAUGGUGGGGAAUGGAGUUCAGAUCCUGGGAAUGGCUGUUGUCACUGUCUUGUUUGCUGCUCUAGGGUUCAUGUCACCAGCUUCUCGUGGUACCCUCUUAACCGGUAUGCUAGUCUUCUUCAUGAUCCUUGGAAUUGCAGCAGGAUAUGCAGCUGUUCGACUGUGGAGAACAAUGGGAUGUGGUGAUGGUAAAGGAUGGGCUUCAGUUUCCUGGAAAGUUGCCUGCUUUUUCCCAGGGAUCGCAUUUGUGAUCCUAACGACUCUCAACUUCCUUCUGUGGGGAAGUCACAGUACAGGCGCAAUCCCAUUCUCUCUCUUCGUCGUCCUAAUCCUUCUCUGGUUCUGCAUCUCUGUUCCGCUAACCCUGAUUGGAGGGUACUUCGGAGCAAGGGCACCCCACAUCGAGUACCCAGUUCGCACCAACCAGAUCCCAAGAGAAAUCCCAGCUCAAAAGUACCCGUCUUGGCUCCUAGUUCUCGGAGCUGGAACCCUACCUUUCGGCACCCUCUUCAUCGAGCUCUUCUUCAUCAUGUCGAGCAUCUGGAUGGGCCGAGUUUACUACGUGUUCGGGUUCCUCUUGAUCGUGUUCAUCCUUCUGGUUGUGGUUUGUGCUGAGGUGUCACUUGUCUUGACCUACAUGCACCUGUGCGUGGAGGACUGGAAGUGGUGGUGGAAAUCUUUCUUCGCUUCUGGCUCGGUCGCCAUCUACAUCUUCUUGUACUCCAUAAACUACCUGAUAUUCGACCUCAAGAGCUUGAGUGGACCAGUUUCUGCAACUCUUUACCUGGGCUACUCAUUGCUGAUGGUUCUGGCAAUCAUGUUGGCUACUGGCACAGUCGGGUUCCUGUCGUCGUUCUGGUUCGUGCAUUACUUGUUCUCGUCAGUUAAGCUGGAUUGACCGGCUUGUGCAGCGAUGUUUUCAUCAUCCAGAGGUGAAGAUCAGAAGAUGCAUCAGCAGCUCUUUACAACAGUAGUAGUCUACUGCGUUUUCUUCUCUCUUUUGAGUUGCCUUCUAUUUUGUUUUACUUUUGGUAGGGAAGAGUAAGUACCAAUGUAGUAGGAAUAAAUUUUCGCGUAAUUCUUUUCUUCUUCUUCUUCUUCUUCUUCUUCUUCUUCUUCUUCUUCUUCUUCUUCCUGUUUUUGUUUGUCCUUAGAAGGUGACUUUCAUGGCGUGUUACAGAGUUUUCAUGUUACACAUAGUUGGGCAAAUCAUAACCCCAGUAUGUACUGAACAAUUACCCGAUUCCAGAGAAGUCAGGAAUUACUUCAACAACUAGUAUACCUUUAGCUCAUCAUAAAUCAAGGCGACAUUUGUUCUGAAACAUUUACAGCUGCUAUACGCUGGAAACAAUGGUCUGCAUAUGAAUCUCAUCAACCAGAAACCUAUCCAUGGCUGAGGUUUUAGCGAAAAGAACAACCUUUUCCACACAAUCAUCUCUCCAGGGAGAACAGCAUAACAUUCCCACAAUCUCUCUAACUUCUACAACAGAAAUGGGAAUAAACAGGAAUUCCAGUCUGCAUAAUCAAAGAGUAAUCAGGAAAUAACGGAAACAUACCUCAUAUACUACCAAAAGCUUCGAACUUUAUUUCAUAAGUGGUGUAUAAGAGAGAGGUUACUACAUGGAUGAAAGCAGAAAACCCAGAAUCCCAAGAACCUCGACACAAUGAGGUUACAGAGAGCAAAAGGUUACAGAUAGUUACUUGUAAUGACUACAUUUACAACACAGAAGUAUCCUAAUUAACCUCACAAUUACUGAAGCAAAACUACCCAUCUAACCAUUCCCCUGUUUCAACCAUUGAUGGAGGAGAAUCUCAGCUUCAACUUCCACCUCCCCUCCAAUAUGGCACUUCCCACCAAAUUGCUUGAGCUCUGAUCAGCCUUCCUCUUGAAAAAAUAAAGGAGUGAUCACAAGCUUCUUGUCACCAAGCAAUCAACAACAACAGCAGCAACGAAAACACCAACAACAAGAAAACAUCACCAUCUACCAAAUCAUCAUCUCUGAUCCUUCGAUCUUCUCAUCGAUCACCAAAUUAAACUAGAUUCAGCCUCAGUAAUCGCCGGAGAUCAGUAUUAGCAUCCCCAACCCCACCUUUUCUAAAAAACGCCGGCACAGGUAGCGAGCUCGGAGGCGGCGAGGUGAAAAACGCCGAACCUGCAUACAUCACAUCCACGGCUUUAUUAAACUCCUCCUUCCGAACCGUCUCCGGCUCCGGCCCGAACCGAUCCGUCGAUCCCAAUCCCAAAUCCACCAACUUCUUCCCCUCCUGCUUCCGAUGGAUGUUUGGUGAGGAAGGGGCAAUUUCGUUACUCCAAUCGGAAUUUUCGUGGUUGAAGGCGGUUUUUAUUUCAGUUGUUGACUGAGCCGACUCUAGUUAGGCCCAUCGUGAAAAUCAUUUGGGCUUUGUUAUUGGACUGGAUAAACUUUCGACGGGCUUUUAAUGGAUUUGAGCCGGGGCCCAAGAUUCACUUUGGAUGAAGUUGUAUCAGUAAAGUCCGUCCCGGCUGCCAAGUGCCAUGGAGUUCUCAUUCAGAACUCUCAUUUAUUUGUAAUCUCAUUCGAGGUCACUAAGCACUACAUAUGUGAUAGUGUAUAAGGCACACAAACUACAUAUUACAAAAAUAUCGAUAAAGAAGAAGAGUACAACUUCAGCUAGCAUCCCCAAACAUUUGUGAAACAUCCAAUUCU